AUGGCAAUCUGGAGUGUUACCAGUUGGGAUUUAAACAAAGUUUUAAUUACUAGUCCCAGUGCCAGUUUUAUAUAAAUGCAUGCGAUCCCUUUGUCCUUGCCGUUUAACCUACAUCGGAGCGGCUCGGUGUGUUUGGAGGCUGGCUGGUUGGCUGAUCGGCGCUCCUGGAAGCAAACUUAUCUCGUUUGCUAUUAAUAAAGCUAACUAGGCAAACGAUGAAGCAGACAGCUAGUUAAGAUCACCGCCCGUGUAGAACCGCAUUGUAGCGGCCACACUUCUGUCAGUGUUAGGCUGGUAAUUUCACGCCCAGUACUUCAGUGACUCACUUUAAAAGCCAAGAUUAAGUAGCUGCUGAUGAAGCCCAAAGUGUAGAUCCAGUACGCCAGCGGCCGUUAAUAGUUUACGCUAGAAUUCAGCUGGUAAAUGACCUCCGUGAUGCGCCUCCAGCUCGGGUAAACCGUUUGCUGAUGUGUAACUUAUUUCAGUUGUUUAUGUGGGUGUGGUGAGCAGCAUAUCGCAUGCUUACUAUCUCAUUUUCAAAUACCGUCUUCUUAAUAUCGCCAGCACUUGGACUACGUACUUUGCUUGCAUCUCAGACUUUAACUGUAGUUUAUUUGAAAUAGAGGCGGUACAGUAUAAUCUGCCUCUGAAUCGGGACGAGUGGGUGUGGAUUUCCAGCAAAGAUGGCGAUGAUGUGCAGAUAACGUCAAACGAAGGACUGCGAAUCCCGGGCUUAGCGCACGCGUUUCGGCGACGGGCGAAUGUCUCUCUCAACACGUAACGAUCAGCUUUUAUCGGGUGAAAUAAAGGUGCAGGCGAAGAAACGGAUGGUCUGCCAUAAUUAUCAAGUUAAAGGCUCCUCCCUGAUCCUGUCCGAUUCGCAAAGUUCAUUCAUUGGAGAUGGGGGAUGAAAAUCUACCUUCUCCCCGGUGGCCACAUUUACAUCUAUUAUUAUUACUACUAGCGGUGGCUGUAGUGGUAGUACAGUAGUAGUAAUAAUCAAAGCAAAAUAUGCCUGGAUUUCUUUGUUGCUAGGCAGGGUCUAUUUUCAGACUCAUGACGGCGCGACUCUGUGGCAGAGAAGCCCGUUCAGGUUGAGGGGGCGGGGCUGCAUAUGGUUACACUGUGAUCGGCGCUAUCAGAUUUUGACCUCUAUCUAAAAAGGUGACAUGGGGUGUUUGUCACCUUGCAUCAGCCCCACCCAUUUUACUAUGCACAGGUCUAUUUCGCUGUGGGGGGGAACCCAUUUCCCCUCAUCUCCACCUCUGUAUUGGGGUGUUAUUGCUGAGCAGAAAGGCUCGAUCCAUUGCCAAUUUCAGUGAGGCAGGCCGAUUCAUACGGGUACAGUCACGCACGUUAUGUAAUGCAUUUUAUACAAGAACAUGAAAACUAGUUGAAAGAGUAUUUUUAGAAGUACCUCUCCUGGAAGCCCAGACCUACGAGGCAGACAGAAUCUUGUCCUUUUUACAAUUUGUGCCUGUUUGGGAGGUAGCGGAAGUGCAGUUUUUUUUAGAAUCGCGUUUGUUGCAGCUGCACUCCUGCUGUAAUAUAUAGAUUAUUUGGUCAGGGUGGGGUUGAUUGGCAUGGUAUUGUAGCUGUUGAUAAUAGCUGUUGUGUGUGUAAUAGUUUCUGUUAUGGGGAAGGCAACAUGACAACUGGGGGUACUGUCCCUUUCCCAGUGUGACUGGAUGCAAUAUUACUGCAUUUUCAGGGGGACUUCCUAUUUUCUCUGUGUAGCUCUGCGUAAUAUAAGGAUUUGAUUAAUUUAAAAUUCCCAUUCAGUUUCUUUAUUUGCUUAGACGCUGCAGUUGUUUCACAUUCAAAUUCCCUGUGUUUUGCGGAGGAUGCUAUAAAAUUUCAGUUAGGAAUGACUGGAGUGCAGUGAUUGCUGCUGGAAUUCAGAUAAAUGUUCCUUAAAACCUAGUACCCAGAAAUCACUGGGCCCUCUUGAGAGUUUUUUGCUAGUAAACACUCUCAUUAACCUGGCUCAGAACAGAGAGCAGAUUAUUUCAGUCUUGGUAGUGGCAUGGAAGCACUUUAAAGAUAUUAGUCAUUGCAAUAGGAUACCAGCAUUACCCAGCAGUCCAGAGGAUGACGGGGCAGACAGAACAUGUGAGAUGGUGAAAUGGAAAAGGGAUGUUUGCUACCUUUGCCACUGGACAGGACACUCCAAGCCCAGCUCUCCAUUUGUCCAGAAAUGGUGGAAUCUAUGAAGAAGGUAGCAGGCAUGGAUGUGGAGCUGACCGUAGAGGAGAGGAACCUGCUAUCUGUGGCGUAUAAGAACGUGAUUGGAGCCCGAAGGGCAUCCUGGAGGAUCAUCAGCAGCAUCGAGCAGAAGGAGGAGAACAAGGGUGGCGAGGACAAGCUGAAGAUGAUCCGCGAGUACAGGCAAACGGUUGAGACUGAACUGAAGUCAAUCUGUAAUGACAUUCUGGAUGUACUGGACAAGCACCUCAUUCCCGCCGCAAACACGGGCGAGUCGAAGGUUUUCUACUAUAAAAUGAAAGGUGACUACCACAGGUAUCUGGCGGAGUUCGCUACAGGAAACGACAGGAAGGAAGCAGCAGAAAACAGCUUGGUAGCCUAUAAGGCCGCUAGUGACAUCGCCAUGAUAGAACUCCCACCCACGCACCCCAUCCGCUUAGGACUCGCACUCAACUUCUCCGUAUUUUAUUACGAAAUCCUCAAUUCCCCCGACCGUGCAUGCAGGUUGGCGAAGGCAGCCUUCGACGACGCCAUCGCCGAGCUGGACACGUUGAGUGAAGAAAGCUACAAAGACUCAACGCUCAUCAUGCAGUUGUUACGUGACAAUCUGACAUUAUGGACUUCAGACAUGCAGGGAGACGAUUCCUAAGGAAAAAAACCCAGCUGCUCAUUCCUUAUAAAACUGUGAUGAACAGAACAAAGAAGCUCUGCAAGAUGUGGAGGAUGAGAAUCAGUGAGACGCCACGGCCAACAUAAGGACCCCCACCCCCACCCCAAAAAAAACAAACAAAAAAAAAACUGAAACAAAACCUCAACAGUGUCACCGGGAGCCGAAUUCCCCCCCCCCCCCCCCCCCCCCACAGGCCGGCAAUCUCCCACUCAGCACCCCGCCAUUCUUAGGGACGACUUUUUUUAGAUUUUUUUUUUUAUCAUUUAUUCUAAUUACCCAUUUCAUUCAAGUACUUAAACAACCAAUAACAAUAAAAUUCUUGAAGGCAAAGCGUAAGAGUCCUUGGAUUUUUUUUUUUGCCCUAAAGUCCAGAUUCAGACUAUUUUCAAAUUUUGCCGUUUAGUUUUUUUUUUUUGUUUUUUUUUUUUUUUUGCAGCAUUUAUAUCACAUGCUGCAUGUUUUAUUCACAUUUUUAAUAUAUAUAAUUAUAGAACUUUUAUUACCAAUGUUUACUAUAGAUAUGAGCUGGUAUAGUCCUGUGUUUUAAAAAUGAAACACACUUUAAAAAGGCAGGUGUUAAUGAAGUUUAUGGGCAUCUCACAAGCCCUAUCUGACUUAGCACCGUAAAAACAAGUCGUGUUUUAGUCUGUUCUCUGUGCUAAAAUGCUGUACUUUGUGUAUCCUUUAUCUCAGAAGAUGGCUGGUAGGAGUUAAAAAAAAAAAAGUUUAAAAAAAGUGUGAAGGAGCCUCAUAGCUUUGAUGCCUUUAGGUCACCAAGAAACUGCAGGUCUUUGACCUGGUAAAAACCCAUAGGAAUAAGGUAGCUACUGCAGACCUGCAUGUUUUGACAGUCAGCCCCCCCUGUCCACUUUUCUAUUUCUCUUUCUCAGCCUCUUUCUCUAUUUUGUCUUUUUGGUUCAGUAUGUGUAACUUGAAGCUAAUUUGUACUACUGGAUGUCUGACUGGAGCCACAGAUAGUCUGUAUUCUUACUGAAACACAGCAUGGAAUUAACAGUAUACUUAAAAUAAAAGCCUAAAUGAAACAUCCAA